AUGGAGACUCCAGAAUUCUUCCAAGGACCAUACUACAAUGCCCAAUUCACACCGGAAAAGCGCCACUCCGAUACCAAGCCCGGUGACCAUUUCGUCGUCGAAGACCUUCUAGACUUCCCAAACGACGAUGUUGCUGUCAAGGAGGAGGGUACGUUCGAUACCAUCGCCGGAAACUCCACUGACUCCUCCACUGUCACCGUCGUUGAUAGCUGCAACUCUUCAUUCUCAGGAAAUGAACCUCACUUUUCCGGUAACAUGGGUUACCGGAGCUUCCCUGAUGGCCAAUUCUCUAGUGACAUUUGCGUGCCGUAUGAUGAUCUGGCUGAGCUCGAGUGGUUAUCCAAUUUUGUGGAAGAAUCAUUCUCCACUGAGGAUUUGCAGAAGCUCCAGCUGAUAUCGGGAAUGAAGGCCCGACCCGACGAAGCUUCGGAGGCCCACCAAUUCCAGCCCGGAACAAAUCGAAACACCUCGAAAUUCAGUCCAGAGAUGUCGGUCCCCGGAAAAGCACGUAGCAAGCGCUCACGGGCCGCACCAUGCAACUGGACGUCUCGCCUUUUGGUUGUCUCUCCGACCACCACGCCAGCAAUCUCGUCUUCGUCGGACUCCGACAUUGUGUCGAGCUCCGGCAAGAAGACGGUGAAACCAACACCGAAAAAGAAGGAACCUCUCGACAAUGGAGGGAAUGUGAGUGGUGGCGAUGGGCGGAAGUGCCUCCAUUGUGCCACUGAUAAGACACCCCAGUGGAGGACCGGGCCCAUGGGCCCAAAAACGCUUUGCAACGCCUGUGGAGUCCGGUAUAAAUCGGGCCGACUCGUGCCGGAGUACCGGCCCGCAGCGAGCCCCACUUUUGUGCUCACUAAGCACUCGAAUUCUCAUCGGAAAGUGAUCGAGCUGAGGAGACAGAAGGAGAUGAUGCGGGCCCAGCAACAGCAGCAACAUUUUCUUCAUCAAAACAUGAUGUUUGAUGCAUCCAACGUUGAUGACUACUUGAUCCAUCAACAUAUCGGGCCGGACUUUCAGCAGCUGAUCUAGUACUUGCUAGCCUAGGAAAUUCAGGUGGGGACUCGAGGUUUAGUUGCAAAAUUAUUCUAGAGAGUUUAUUAGUUUUCUAAUUUCCUAGGGUUGAUGUUUCUUAACUUAUCCAAUUUUUAUAGCUUUUGUUCUUCAAAAUUUUUGAUGUCUUAGGAAAAAAAAAAAGGAAAAGGAGGGGGGGGGUUAAAGAGUAAGGGUCUUUGAUGUCCUUUUGACUUUCAUUUUAUUCUUGAUAUUGCUUUCAGUUCUAUUAAAACACCCGACUAAUCGUUCGUGACUCAUGUAAUAGAGCGAUCCCAAAUGGAAACUCGAAC